CCGGGAGCCAGCAGACACAUACUGAUACGCAGCUGCGACCGUAGGAGGCGAGGGGGACAAAAUAAUAAAUACAAUACAGAGCGCGACUUUCUGAAAGUACGAUUCUGUCGAAUGAAUACGUUUACAGUGAUUAAAAAGACCAAUGCAUACGACAUAUUGGCUGUAGAGACGCCGUGCAGACCACCAGUCUGGUAGCUAUAAACAGUGAAGUGGUGCAAAAGGAGGAGGACAGGAAAUAAAGGAGUUGCCUGGAGGGUCUCCAUCAAUCCGCAUUUCAGCUGGAGGGAGAGAAAAAGGCACGGAGAGCAAGAGAGAAAGGAGAAGAGGAGUGCGGGUCGCGUCUGCUCCUGGCAGCUGUUCCAGCAGCCUGUUCGUUGUUUUGGCUGUUAUUUCGUUCUGGAGUUUUCUUUUUGAUGAAUCGGUUUAUAUUUUAAACUUUAAUGUGAGAUAUUACUGCUGUAAAAAGAAAGGAAGAAGAAAACUAGCAAACAGUUUUAUUUUUGUUCCAUUGUUGAUUUUUCCAUGGUUCUUUUGUUUAUUUUUUAUGUUUAACAACCUUUUUGGGCUGUGAGUAGCAGGAGCUUCCAUUCUCCAAACUAUUGUUGAAACCCCUUCCUUAACUAGUUAGGACCUGAUAACCUGAUAUUCCUCAAGCACCUGAAACUGGCAGCUAUUCUCUUUGUGUCUGUGUGUUUGGGGAGCUCUGUGACCACAGCUUAAGCACCACUCAGCCUUCUAGUCACCUAAGCCUAACUAAAGCAAGCCAGCUCUAGCCUGGUCCAGCUCAGUCCAGCCUGCUCCGAUCAUCUGGACAGGAUACUCAGUUCUGUGUGGACGUGAGGAAUAUGACUGCUGAGACUCUUAACUUCGGCCCAGAAUGGCUCCGUGCACUGUCCAGUGGGGGGAGUGUGACGUCCCCCCCUCCUUCCCCCGCCAUGCCAAAGUACAAGCUGGCCGAGUACCGCUACGGCCGAGAGGAGAUGUUAGCACUUUAUAUCAAAGACAACAAGGUCCCAGAGGACAUGCAGGAUAAGGAGUUUGCUGCUAUUCUGCAAGAUGAGCCCAUGCAGCCACUGGCACUGGUGCCUCUCACUGAGGAGGAGCAGAGAAACUUCUCCAUGUCUGUGAACAGUGUGGCGGUGCUGAGGCUCAUGGGAAAAGGGGUGGGCGGGGCUGCCCCAGCUGGAGUGGUCCGAGGACGAGGGGCCGCACGAGGUGGUCGAGGUCGUGGUCGUGGUGAAGGUGGUUUCUACCAAAGAAGUAUUGAAGAGUCAGAAGUGGGUUUUGGCCGCAGUGUGAGAGAGAUUCACCGCAGCCAGAGCUGGGAUGACCGGGGCGAGCGACGCUUUGAGAAGCCGCUGCGUCGGGAGGUGGGGCGUCCAGGCUUUGAAGAGACAGGAGUUCCUCCUGGUCCUCUAAGGAAGGAGUUUGCAAGGGCUGACAGUGAUAACUGGCGCACCCUCCGGGAGGAGCAGGAGGAGGAAGAGGCAGAGCCGGGCAGCAGCUGGAGACUCACUGGACCUCGUAGGGAGGAUGGUGGUCCUCGCUCAGCAGGCUGGCGGGAUCAUCUCGGUCCAGGUGAGGGUCGUCGGAGGAAGUUUGAUUUCGACUUCCGGGACUCUGACGGUCAGGGUGGUGGACGCCGGCGUGCAGGCAGUGAGGGACUGGAGGAUGACAGGGACGGCCUGCCGGAGUGGUGUACAGACGAGGAGGAAGGGGGAUUGGGCACUUUUGACUCCUCCGGAGCUUUCAUGACUAUGAAGGAUGGCAAGGAGACAAUCCUGGAGGAGGACUUUGACUUUAAGGGGAUAGAAGAGGAGGAAGAGGAGAGCUACGCUGACACUGGGAGGAAUAGUGUUGAAGGAGACAGAGAGAAGGAGAGUAAAGAUGCCGGCUCUACUGUAGGUGAUGGAGAGACAAAGCUUGCAUCGCCCUCCUCCUCUCCUCCUGUCCACUGUGCCCCUCCGUUCCUGGAGCCGCGGCCCAGCAAUGUUGGACAAGUGCUGGACCACCUUCAGCUGAACAGCCAUGCUGUCAAGGUCAACAGCACACCCAGCGAAGACGUGACUCCAGUAGGGGGCUCCAAGCCGCAGCUGAGCCCAAACCCUCCCACCUCGUCCAGCUUGCCUCCCCCACCCCCUUCCUCUGCAGCUCCUCUUCUCCCUUCAUCUGGAGGAGACACAGAGGACGAUGAGGGCAUGAAGCACCUGCAGCAGGAGGCAGAGAAGAUGGUGGCUUCACUGCAGGACACUUCAUUGGAGGAGGAAUGCUUCACCCAGGCUCUCCAGCAGCAGCAGGAGAGCAGGAACACAGCAGCAGCUCUGCCGCUGUCACAUGAGGCUGCCAUGAAGUGGUUUUAUAAGGACCCACAGGGAGAGAUCCAGGGUCCCUUCACCACAGUGGAGAUGUGUGAGUGGUUCCAGGCAGGCUACUUCACCAUGACACUGCUGGUGAAGCGGGGCUGUGACGAGGGCUUCCAACCCCUGGGAGACGUCAUCAAGAUGUGGGGCCGUGUGCCCUUCGCCCCAGGGCCCUCCCCGCCGCCCCUGCUGGUGAGACAGCAACCACCGACGCAGCGCCCGCAGCCCACCCGAGGGCCCGCCGGGACUGUGAGUCAGAGCUCUGCCAACGUAGAGGAUGGGGAAGGGAGGAUGCAGAGGAGAGGGAAGCUUGAUAGACAGGUUACGGGGAACCUGGACCAGGAGCGCCUGAAAAAGCAACAGGAGCUGGCAGCAGCAGCUCUUUAUCAGCAGCUCCAACAACAGCAGCUAUUCCAGCUCAUUAACAGGUGCAGUGAGCCGGGUAUGAUGCCUUCGAUUAACAGAUCGAUGUCAGUGCCAGAUACAGGGUCCAUGUGGGACAUGCAUACCUCAGCUUCACAGCCGUCAGGCGGUGAAGCCAGUCUUUGGGACAUAACAAUGAAUCCCUCUACUCAGGGUCCAACUCUCGAACAGCUUCAGAAGCUCCAGCAGGAGAGGCGAGACGCUGAACUCAGGGCGAAGCGUGAGGAGGAGGAGCAGCGUAAGAGGAGGGAGGAGAAGAGGAGGCAACAAGAAGAGCAGAAGAGGAGGGAGGAAGACGAGCUCUUCAGACGCAAGCAGUGUCGACAGCAGCAGGAACUGAUCAUGAAGUUGCUGCAGGCCCCCCAGCAGCAGGGUCCUGGGGCAGGUGGCUCAGGCUGGAGCGGGGCUCCCUCCUCUGGGCUCGCCAAGGCAGGGAAGCCCCAGGCUCUGGCUCUGCUGGAAAUGCAGCAGGAGACAGAGAGGCUACUAAAGCAGCAGCAGCAACAGCGAGCCCAGCAGCAGAGAGAUCGCCACUGUGGCAUGUCUAUGGGGAGCUCCUCCAUGGGGGGGCAAUGGGUGGAUGGUGUUGGCAUGUGGGGCGGGCCUGGAGGCAUGGAGGGUAAGGGUGGCAGUGGAGGCUCUUCAGGCAGCAUGGGCAUGUGGGACGAGGCUGUGAAGAAUCAGUCCGGUCUGCGUGGCAACAGCAACAAUAACAUGGGCUUGAAGAACAGCCGCAGCAGCCCCUCACUCAGUGAGCAGUACAUGAUGCGUCGUAAGAGGACUGAGGAUGAGGACAAGCUGCUGAAGCUGCUGCAGGGCAUGAAGCCUCAGGACGGCUUCACCACCUGGUGUGAACAGAUGCUGCACGCUCUCAACACCUCUGCCAACAACUCUUCCUCCUCUGUGGAUGUUGCCACAAUUGUGGCCUACCUGAAGGAGGUGGAGUCUCCCUAUGCAGUGCUGGACUUUAUCCGGUCCUACCUGGGGGACACAGUGGAAGCCAAAGAGUUCGCCAAACAGUUUCUGGAGCGACGUGCCAAACAGAAAGCCAACCAACAGAGACAGCAGCAGCAGCUAUCAAAGGAAGUGGCUGGAAUGAACAUGAACUUCCCUCUGCAGGACUCAAUGCGAGGUAUGACUCCCAGUGCCCUGCAGUCCAUGUUUCAAGCCAACCACAUGAGCAAGGCUGGUCUCUAUGACAACCAGGGGGGAAAGAUGAAGAAGAAACCGCCCAUGAUGCUGCACUCUGACCCCAGCAUCUUAGGGUACUCAUUCCACAACGCGGGCGACUGUCUGAGCCUGAAUGAGAUGGAGAUGGUGGAGGAUUACUGAUGUGACCGACGCAGCAGCAAUAGCUACCUGAGGCCUUCUGUCUUUUAAUCAGACAAACCUGAUGACGAAUGUGCACUGCUGGGGGAA